AACUGAAGAGUUCCUUUUCCGUUUGCCAUUUUCAUCACCCACUACACGAAAUGGCGAUUCGUCACGAAAUGUGUAUAGGUCUCCAGAAGGGUCAUAAGGUGACCAAGAUUGAAGCUGGACGAAAGACCAGGCCAACCCGAAGGAAGGGAGCACAAACUGCCCAUGUUCGUCGGGUGCGUGAUCUUAUCCGUGAAGUGACAGGAUUUGCUCCAUAUGAAAGGAGGAUGCAGGAGUUAUUGAGGAUCUCCAAAGACAAAAGGGCCCUCAAGUUUGCCAAGCGAAGGCUUGGUGCCCACGUAAGAGGAAAGAAGAAGAGGGAAGAAAUGCAGAUUAUCUUGCAGAAGAUCAGGAAAGCACAGCAACAGAAAUCUUAAAAUUUCUUGUACAUAAUAAAAAAAAAAUCCUCACAAA